AUGGAUAGUCAAUUGAAAGAACUCGCUCUGGAACGCGGAAGAAUCAAGUCUGCCUUGACUCGCUUUAGGAAUUUUUUCGAUUCGUCCGCGAACACCACUAGUAUAGAAAUUCUCGAAAAACGUUUAAAAUUAAACGAACCCUUACACGACAAAUUUGAUGAAAUACAAUCGCGAAUAGAGACAUUAGCAGUAGGAUCGGAUAUUGAAACAAUUCAUGCAAAGGAACGGGAUGAAUUUGAAGUGGCGUACUUUGAAAUUAUUACGAGAGUCGAACAACAUAUUGCACAAUUCCGUAGAGCUAGAUCAACGCCAAUUUCAAGCUCGUCCUCGCCCGCGAUUAAGGAACCACCGGUCACGCCGCGAUUACCUACAAUAGUUUUACCCGAAUUCAAUGGGGAUUAUAACGAUUGGUUGCGUUUCCGUGACACAUUUGAGUCAUUAAUUCAUAAUAAUGAAACGCUAUCGGAUAUACAGCGAUUUCAUUAUUUGAAUUCUGCAUUGAAAGGACCCGCGGCUAGAGUCACACAAUCUUUGGGUGUUUCUGAGGCAAACUAUCGGAUUGCAUGGUCUGCUCUAAAAAAUAGAUUUGAAGACCCUAGGUCAUUAGUUCAUCACCAUACCAAUGCGUUAUUGGAUCUACCGAUCAUGCAAAAACAAACUAGUUCGAGUCUCCGAGAAUUCAUCGAUACGGCAAAUAACCACAUUCGUGCAUUGGGUGCUCUCGGUGAACCGGUUCAAACGUGGGAUACCUUGCUUAUUUCGAUCCUUAGCAAAAAAUUAGAUCCAUUCACGGCUAAAAAAUGGGAAGAACGCGUAGUCACUAUGCCAGGAAGGCUCAAGCUACACGAUUUAGUGGAUUUCCUUGAGCAGCAAUCAAAACUGCUCGAACGCACAACAACCAAUCGACAACCAACCGUAAAUUUACCAAACCUUACGAACAAAAUAGAUACCACUAAACCAAGAAUUAAAACUCAAUUCGGUGUAGCCUCUCACCUUGCAAGUACGCAAGUUCAAUGCAUAUUUUGCAAGGGAGAACAUUGGUUACAAUAUUGCGAUAAAUUGAAAGCGAUGCCUCACGCUCAAUUACACGACACCAUUAAACGGUUGCAAUGCUGCUUUAAUUGUCUGCAAUUGGGACAUAGCAUAAAAAAUUGUACACGCGGACAUUGUAGACGGUGUGGAAAAAAGCAUCAUACGCUUUUGCAUCGAGAUGAUGCUACUCCACAGACGCGCGAACCAUCUCACUUAGACUCUCAAGCAAUCGCUAGCACAUCUCAAGUACAAUCAUGUUUGUCAGGCUCAAAAACGCCCGCAAUAGAUUUUACGGUCCUCUCUACAGCAUUGAUACAUAUUGAAGAUUCAUUCGGGAAAAGGCACGAAUGUUGCGCAUUAUUAGACGCGGGCUCACAAGCCCAUUUUAUAACCGAGGAUUUGUGCAGUAAGCUAAGACUUCCAUUAAAAUCUACCGCAAUGACCGUUGGCGGUGUCGGUAGAUCGAUUAACCCUAUUAACUCUCGGACAGAGGUAGUCAUACGGUCAGUUUGUAAUACUUUCAAAUCAAACUUGUCGUGUUUAGUGAUCGAAAAUAUAACCGAGAACAUGCCAAAUGUGCCGCUCAAUCGUUCAAAUAUUCCGAUACCUGACGGAAUCACAAUAGCCGACCCUCAUUUCAAUGAGCCAAAACGAAUCGACUUGUUAAUAGGUGCCGGACUUUUCUGGCAGCUAUUAUGCAUAGGCCAACACAAGGUUGGAAACGGAUUAGUAUGGCAGAAAACUCGCUUCGGUUGGGUGUUGGGAGGCAGUCUGAGCUGGCCAAUAAAUUAUCCGAUAGUCAACGCCAACACGUGUCAUAUCGCGAACGACGAAUUGCACCGGGCAAUUUCUAGAUUUUGGGAGAUAGAAGACGGGCACUCGAAUCAAUUAGAAGCCAGUAACCAUUUAGAAGACUACGGAGCGAAUCACCACAACCUGGCACAUCUAUCGAGCCAACAAUAA